ACCAUAAACCAUAAACCAUCAAGGGUGAUAGAUAGCAAUAUUUCCAUAUAGAUUGAACUGGUGAUUCAUAAAGAGAAUGGCAGCUACCGUUUCAUUCAGCGUAACGAUUCAAUGUUCAAUUCCGUCGUUUCAGAUUAAUAGAAAGAUUGGUUUAUCAUCAGUCCCUAGUAAUGAUUACAAUUCGGGGACUCGAAGGCAAUUACCUUGCUUGCAUUUUACUAGACAACCGUAUCAAAAACUAUUGGCUUCUUCUUCUUCUUCCACUCACAGUACCCCAAAGACCAGGCUCUAUGUAAGCGGAAUAUCAUUUCGUACCACUGAAGAGAGUUUGCGAAAUGCUUUCCAAAAUUUUGGCAAACUUGUAGAAGUUAAUCUAGUGAUGGAUAAAAUAGCAAACAGACCUAGAGGGUUUGCUUUUCUUCGUUAUGCAACUGAGGAGGAAUCUCAAAAAGCUAUUGAGGGAAUGCAUGGCAAGGUAUGUUCUCACUAUAGUAGUUCUUGGAUGGCAGGGUAAUCUUUGUCGAAGUUGCAAAAUCUAGAGCGGAGCUUCGUCAAGGUCUUCAGCACAAGCAAUUCUAAGCGGGUGGUUGUGUAUUAAUUAUUGCAAGUAGGACAUUAAGAUUUCUUUUUUCCCUUUUAUUUUCGUGUCUGGAUGUUUUAUCUGUAUUAUUAAUAGGCAUAUAUUUAUUGCUGCAAUUUUCUUUUCUUAAUAGGAAUUUACAGAAUCAAAUAUGUCACUAAGGUAUUGUAAAUUUUGUUAAUUCACAAUGUUGAUUAUGAUGCCAUUGAUUAAAUUUAUUAAGAAAUUUAUUUUA